AUGGCGAUCUCGUGCGGACAGGCGAAGAGUGUGCCACAGCAGAAGUAUCGUGAUCUGGUAUGUGGUGCUGACAUCGCCCACCGCGCGGUGCACGACGAGUCGGAACCACUCGCCAAACCAAAGACGCAGCGCCACUACAUCAAGACCCCCGAGUCCCACUGGUUGCAAGACAGCUUCGAGCUGACGCUGAGGAAGAAGCUCACGGCGUGGUUCGGUGCUUCUGCUGUACCACCUGAUCUCAGUUCUCGCAGGUGCAGGGAGGAGAUGCUCGUAGUGGAGAUUGGACCCUCCUGGAGGUGGGUGCUCCUGCGCAUGCUGGCCGGUGGCUGGCACACGAGUUCGAGAAUGCACGUCACGCCCGAGGUCGACAGUUGCAAGUUCGCGAACGGGACUCCAUCACCCACUACCUCCAGUGCCCGCGCCUCAUCCACCUCGCGUGCCUCCGGCGCCUUAUCCACCCUGCGCGGCUCCCGCGGUCGCUCGCGAUCCACGGUGCCAGAGAGGCCUGAGAACCAGCGAAGCUGUGAGGUCGCCCGUGGGCUCACGGCGCUGCCUGCGCUGCCGAGCAGAGACCGCGCCAUGCAGCCAGAGCGGACCGCGGCGGAGCGGGCCGCGGUGGCGCGCGCCGCGGAGGAGCGCCGCCUGGCGCAGGCGGCCGCGGCGGACGUGCAGGCGCGGAGGCUGAAGCCAGGCGACGCCGCCCCCCUCAGCCCAGAGGCGGCAGAGGUGGAGGCCUUCUUGGCCAGCUCGGGCCUCGACCGGUACCUGGGCCCCUUCCUGGAGCACGGCUUCGACUGCAUGGACGUCGUCAGGGACAUGGAGGAGAGCCACAUGCGCGACGUCGGGGCGCCCUCGACGCGCACGGGCGCGGGGCGCCCUCCGACGGCCUGCCCGCCGCUGGCCGCGGCCGCGGCGGCCGCGCAGGCGCCGCCGUCGCGCGGCGCCGGCGCCGCCGACGAGGCGGCGGCCGCGGGCGCGGCGGGAGCGCCGCCGCCGGAGGGCGCCGGCCCCGGCGCCGAGGGGGAGGCCGCGGCGGCCCAGGCGGGCCCCGGCGAGGGGGCCGCGGCCGAGAGAGAGCGGGCAGCGGCGGGAGCGCCUCCCGCGGGCGCGGGGCGGCGUGCAGUGGCCGUGGUCGUCGACGGGUCCGUGGCGGACCCGCAGGCCGUGCUGCUCGAGGUGUUCCAGGCCGCCUCGCAGCUCGUUGGCGCGGCGCUGGACGGCCCCCCUGAGGGCAGAUCCUACGAGCGCACGGUGAUGAUGUGCUCGAAGCUCUGCAAGGUGUUGGACCAGGUGUUCAAGAACCUUGGCAGCGCCGACAUCCACCGCUGGUCCAGGCUCGUGUGCAGCAGCAGCACAUUCCAGCAGACGUUCGCGGAGCACCCCCAGGGCCCGCCGCUGCUGCAGCUCGCCGGCUUCGGGCCGUGCCCGGAGGGUGAUGCGCUCGUGCUGGCGGCCGAGCGCGGGGAGGCGCGCCUGCGGGCGCUCGCGGUACGGCAGUACCUUGCGAAGCUGACGGAGAGCUGCAGAAGGGGCGCGGCACGAGGCGCUGGGUGGACAGCGGGAGAACGACUCCGUGGUGCCGCAGCCCGAGCACGCACACGUCUGCGAUUUGCUGCUGCUCUACCGCGAGGUUGCCCCGGUCUUGGACCCAGCGGCGAGCCCGCCGCCUGA